ACACUGUCAGCAGCAGCUGGUUUUUAAUCAUGGAGGAAGAACUGAAUUAUGCAAAUGUGACUUUUAAGACUAAUGGUGUCUCCACACAGAUCGACUCAGAAAAAUCGAGCCUCAAAGAAAUAAUUUACGAGGAGGUGAAGACAGAGGAGAAGAGGCAGGACACACAUCCGAUCAUAACAGAAAAUGAAAAGAGAGCUCAGUUUCACACUCUGCUGUUUUUGGGGAUCAUCUGCUUCAUCCUGCUCCUGGCCAUCAUCAUCCUCAGUGUGUAUUUCACAUACGAGCAGAGGAGACAGUCGGGCGUUUUAGCAGAGCAGAAUCUGAAGCUGGAGGCGGUGAGUGCAGCUUUACAGAGACGAACAGCAGAGAGAAACCGACUCAACUGGACUCUAGACGUCAUCCUGGAUUACGACAACUUUCCUGCGGCUGAACGCUGCCCACAGAAACAGUGUAAGCCUUGCCCGAAAGACUGGGUGAUGUUUCAGUCAAACUGUUACCUGUUUACAAAAGAUGAGUACAGCAACAACUGGAAAACCUGGGAGCAAAGCCGAAUGUUUUGUUUGAGAGAGAAUGCAACGCUGGCGGUGAUCGACAGCCAGGAGGAGCAGGAAUUUAUAAACAACAAAACAGAAACAUACAACGACAAUAAGCACGGCUACUGGAUCGGGUUGAAGAAAGUCACGGAGGACAUGUGGACGUGGGCAGACGGCAGGAACCUCUCUGUGACCUUCUGGUCCACAGAAGAAGCUGCGAAUCGACUCUCCUGUGGUUUAAUAAACCCGCAUCUCUACCAUUCCUCCAACUGGGCCAAAAGCAGCUGCAACAUGAAGAACCGCUGCAUCUGUGAGACCAGAGUUCUGAUCCGACCCGAUUAGAUCCACAAACUGAACCCAUAUUUAUAACUAUUUAAAAGUUAAACUGUUAAAAUCUU